GAAAACGUCUUUAAAAUUAUAGUAAUAAUAAUAUAAGUAAUAUUAUAAUACAAUAUAUGUAAUUGCUACUCACGUUAAAGUCACGUUAUUUACCUUGAUGUUUUGGUCCGUGUCACUAGGAGGCGGCCGUCAGUUUGACUCAUGAUUACGUCUAAAGAAGAAGAUCAUUACCAUCACUAACCACAUCAUAUUCGCCGCUCAUCAACACACUGGAAACAUUUAGACAUAGUACUGCAUGUGGUGAUGGAUGGAAAAACGAGCGACCCCUUUAGCAGUGAGACGGAGCAGCUUCCUGGGGCAGGAAUAGUGGGGAGGCUGUGGCUGCCCAAAGGUCUGUCUGGUAAUGUGAUUAAGGAUUGGUUGGAUCGCAGGCGGAAGGCUAUCCGUCCGUGGGGCAGCUUCGUAGAUCAGCGCAAGUUCUCCAAACCCCAACAUUUUGGAGAGCUCUGCCAACGUGUGGUGAGAAACCUGAACACCUACCACAGCAACUACACCUUCAUCUUCCUGGGACUCAUCCUCUACUGCAUUUUCAGUUCCCCAGUACUGUUGAUUGCAUUGGGAGUGUUUUCUGGUGCCUUCUAUAUAAUCCACUUGAAAACACUGGAAAAGAAGCUGGUUGUUUUUGGCCGUGAGUUAACACAGGGACACCAGUUAGGUUUAGCAGGAGGAGUUUCCUUCCCUGUGUUCUGGCUAGCUGGAGCGGGAGCAGCUGUGUUCUGGAUACUAGGUGCCACACUGGCUGUUAUUGGCUCGCAUGCAGCAUUUCGUGAGAUGGAGUCUUCUGACGUGGAGGAGCUGCUCAUGGAACCUGUUUAAAAGGACACCUCUCACCUUUGAACAUUUGUCUCAUUUUAACCUGAAAUGUCUUGCCUCAUAAUUUAUAUUGCCACAUAUUUGUUGUACAGCAUUGUAAUAUGCAUCAAUAAAUUAAACAAUAUCAACAUACUCAUAGACAAACCAGCAAAUGAAAUAAGGAUAGACUGUUAAACUGACUUUCAAGACAGAUCAAGCACAUUUAAAGACCUCAAAUGCCUUCAGAAUGGUACCUAAUGGAGAUCAUUUUCAUUUGAUACUUAAAUAAUAUUAUUUACUUCAUCAACAUCCUCUAAUAAAACACAAACCAAACUUACUGUGACCCAAAGCAUACGCCUAACUCAAAAGCUUAAAGUUAUAAUUUACC